GCUGGUGGGCCAAGGAUGAGUAGCCCGUGUCUGUAUCGUGCCAUGCCCGUUGGCCAGAGCCGGCUGCGGGAGCUGAAAUGCAACGUGAGGAGCAGCAGGGAGGCUGGUGUCAUCCGCACCAGUACGGCCCCCCGGGAGCUCACCGCACGGGCAUACUCAGCCGCCAAGGAGGUCCCCGUGCGGCUCAGCACCCCUGCCAGCCGGAGCAGGAGCACGCCGCCUGCACACCGGUCCCAGCGGCCCGAGAGCAAGCGGGUGACAAAGGCUGACGGGCACGCCAAGCCUGAGCGUGAGCGCCUGCCUGAGAGGAAUGGUGUCCGGACAGGUAUGGCGCCGCCUGUGGCCUCCACAAGCCUCUCCUCCUUCGCCUCCUCCUCCUCGUCCUCCUCGUCCUCCUGCGCCCAGCGGCCGAGCCGAACCUCGCUGCCGCUAGCACCUCCUUCGUCGUCCUCUUCGUCUUCCUCCCAGAGUAUCAAGCGCACACGCUGGCUCAGCUACAGCACCUCCAACAUCUGCUUCAACUCCGCCUUCGAUGGGAGGUUCAGGCAGCUCCAAGAUGAGCGAGAAGCAGUACAAAAGAAGACCUUCACAAAAUGGGUGAACUCCAUCCUGGCUAGAGUCAACUGCCGCAUCUCGGACCUCUAUCUGGACUUGCGGGAUGGAAGGAUGCUCAUCAAACUUCUGGAGGUCCUGUCUGGGGAGAGACUGCCAAAACCCACUAAGGGCCGAAUGAGGAUCCACUGUCUGGAGAAUGUAGACAAAGCCCUUCAGUUCUUAAAGGAGCAGAGGGUGCACUUGGAGAACAUGGGAUCGCAUGAUAUCGUAGAUGGCAACCAUCGCCUGAUCUUGGGCCUCAUCUGGACCAUCAUCCUUCGCUUCCAGAUUCAAGACAUUGUGGUAGAAACAGGACAAGCUGACCUGACUGGUAAACAGGAGACACGCUCUGCCAAAGAUGCCCUGCUGCUUUGGUGCCAAAUGAAGACUGCUGGGUAUCCAAAUGUAAACAUCACCAACUUCACCACAAGCUGGAAAGACGGCUUGGCUUUCAAUGCGCUUAUACACAAGCACAGGCCAGAUCUAGUAGACUAUGGCAGCCUGCAGAGAUCCAACCCAACCCACAAUCUCCAGCAAGCUUUCAAUGUAGCUGAGCGGCAGCUUGGAGUCACCAAGCUCCUAGACCCAGAAGAUGUGUAUACUGAGAAUCCAGAUGAAAAGUCCAUCAUCACAUAUGUAGUUGCAUUCUACCACUAUUUCUCUAAGAUGAAAGCUCUGGCAGUUGAAGGCAAGCGAGUUGGGAAGGCGCUAGACCAUGCCAUUGAGACAGACAAGAUGAUUAAUAAGUAUGAGACACUUUCUUCCGACUUGCUGACAUGGAUUGAACAGACCAUCAUCAUCCUGAACAAUCACAAACUUGCCAACUCUCUCAAUGGAGUCCAGCAACAACUGCAAGCCUUUAACUCUUAUCGCACUGUGGAGAAGCCUCCAAAAUUUCAGGAGAAGGGCAACCUGGAGGUGCUUCUCUUCACCAUCCAGAGCAGAAUGAGAGCCAACAAUCAAAAGGUUUAUACUCCGAAAGAGGGAGCACUGCUGGCAGACAUCAACAGGGCAUGGGAGCGGUUGGAGCGGGCUGAGCAUGACAAAGAACGCGUACUGAGAGAUGAGCUCAUCAGGCAGGAAAAGCUUGAGCAGACGGCCCGCCGUUUCGACAGGAAGGCUGCCAUGAGAGAGACCUGGCUCCAGGAGAACCAGAGACUGGUAGCACAGGACAAUUUUGGGUAUGAUCUACCAGCAGUGGAGGCAGCGAAGAAGAAACAUGAUGCCAUAGAAACAGACAUAGCAGCAUAUGAAGAGCGUGUACAAGCUCUGGUUGCCUUGUCUAAAGAGCUGGAGGCAGAGAGGUACCACGAUGCUAAACGCAUUGACGCAAGAAAGGACAACAUUUUGAGACUGUGGGAUUACCUCCAGGUGCUUCUCAGCGGCCGAAGGAGCCGUCUGGAGAAAAACCUGACCUUGCAGAGGAUCUUUCAGGAGAUGCUUUACAUCAUUAACUGGAUGGAUGAGAUGAAGGCUCGUCUGCAGUCCCACGAGUUUGGAAAGCACUUGCUAGAAGUAGAGGAUCUUCUGCAGAAGCAUGCUUUGGUGGAGGCCGACAUCACUGUGCAGGCAGAGAGAGUGAACACUGCAAAUGCAGCUGCACUGAAGUUUGCAAAUGGAGACAGCUACAAACCUUGUGACCCCCAAGUGAUUCAAGACAGGGUACAGCAUUUGGACCUUUGCUACCAAGAGCUGUGUGCACUUGCAGCACAGCGCAAGGCCCGCUUGGAGCAGUCCCGUCGUCUCUGGAACUUCUUCUGGGAGAUGGCACAGUUAGAGAGCUGGGUCCGGGAAAAGGAGCACAUAUUCUCCUCCCUUGACUAUGGCAAAGACCUGACCAGUGUGUUGGUGCUGCAGAGCAAACACAGUGCCUUCGAAGAUGAGUUGGGUGCCCGGCGUGAGCACCUGAAGCAGGUGAUGGAUGAGGGUGAGAAGAUGGUUAUAGCCAAGCAUUUUGGUGCCCCAAAAGUGCAACAGCGCAUGGAAAGUGUCCAGAGUCAGUGGCAACAGCUAGAGGAACUGGUUGCUUUCCGCAAACAGAACCUCCAGGACAUGCAGCGCUUCUUCCAGUUUCAAGGUGACGCUGAUGACCUCAAGGCCUGGCUGCUGGAUGCGGUGCGGCAGAUGAGCAGUGACGACAUUGGGCAUGACGAGUACACCACACAGAGGAUGCUUAAGAGACAUCGUGUUCUGAGAGAUGAGGCCGCUAAGAAUGGGGCCACCAUUGAUAAUCUCACCAAACAGGCCAAUUCACUGCCCGAAGAGCUAAAGAACACACCAGACAUCCAAAGGCGUCUGAAUGACAUCAAGGAUAUGUACAUGGAGCUGCUGUCUCUCUCAGACCUUCGGCAGCAGAAACUGGUUGACACCAUGGCGUUGUACAUAAUUUUUAGUGAGACGGAUGCAUGUGAGCUCUGGAUGAGUCAGAAGGAAACAUGGCUGGUAGGACUGGAGGCCCCAGAGAAAUUGGAGGAUCUGGAGGUGGUUCAGAAUAGGUUAAGCAUUCUUGCUCAAGAUAUGGGCAACAUGCAGACACGGGUAGACAAUGUCAACAAAGCAGCCAAGCAGUUAGAGGACAGCAAACACCCACAAUCAAAAGAAGUGAAGGACUGUCAGAUUCAUCUCAAUAAGAGGUGGGAGGCAUUUAAGGCUAUGGUGGAAGAUAAGAAGCAAAAGGUGGAUUCAGCACUCAGUCUGCACAACUAUGGGCUUGAAUGUGAUGAGACAGGGGCAUGGAUAAAGGACAAGACACGAGUCAUUGAAUCAACACAGGAUCUUGGGAAUGAUUUGGCUGCAGUCAUGACCAUCCAGAGGAAACUAUUUGGCAUAGAGAGAGACCUAGCUGCUAUUCAGGACAAGCUGGAUUUCCUGCAUGGUGAGGCCCAGAAGCUUGUGAAAGAUCAUCCAGAGAAUGCCCCUGACAUCCUGGCCCGACAGGCCGAGCUAGACAAAGCAUGGGACACUUUGAAGCAAACGCUAAAGGACCGAGAAGACUCUCUCGGAGAAGUCAGUAAACUACAAACCUUCCUGCAGGAUAUGGAUGACUUUCAGGCCUGGCUUUACAAGACGCAGAAAGCCAUUGCAUCUGAGGAGAUGCCUACAAGUCUCCAGGAGGUGGAGGAGCUCCUAAGCCUCCAUGAUGCAGUGAAAGGAGACAUGGAUGGCCAUGAGGAAGACUACCAUCGUAUCAGAGAUACUGGCGCAGGGGUCAUUCGGGAUCAGGAGGAUGAUCCAACGUACCAACAGCUGGAGCAGAGGCUAAAGGGUCUAGACAAGGGCUGGGAUGAGCUGCACAAAAUCUGGGACAGCCGUAAGCACUUUCUGGACCAAGGCCUGGGCUUCCAACAGUUCUCAAGAGAUGCAAAGCAAGCUGAAACAAUCUUAAACAAUCAGGAGUACACUCUGGCCCAUCUGGACCUGCCUGACACUCUGGAUGGAGCGGAUAAGGCCUUGAAAAAGCAUGAGGAUUUUGUCACCACCAUGGACGCUAAUGAGGACAAGAUAAUGACCACACUUGAAGGAGGUCAAAGGCUGGUGGACAGUGGAAACCUUUAUUCAGUAAAGGUGAAAGACAAGAUGAACAUCAUCGAAGACAGGUAUAAAAAGAAUCGAGACAAAGCAAAGGAAGUCUCUGAUAAACUCAGAGACAACAGAGAGCUACAGCACUUUCUACAGAACACUCAGGAUCUUACUCUUUGGAUAAAUGAGAAGAUGCUGACCGCUCAGGACACCUCCUAUGAUGAAGCUCGUAACCUCCACAGCAAAUGGCAGAAACAUCAGGCCUUUAUGGCUGAAUUGGCUUCCAACAAAAACUGGCUCGACAAAAUUGACCAGGAGGGUGAAGAAUUGAUGACAUCAAAGCCAGAGUUUGAGCCCAUUGUAACAGAACAUCUGGCUAAACUUCAUGAGCUCUGGGACAAGCUCCAGCAGACUACACAGGAGAAGGCACGCCUGCUCUUUGAUGCUAACCGUUCGGAGCUAUUUGACCAGAGCCUGGCUGACUUGAAGAAAUGGCUGGCUAAUCUUCGGCAGCAGCUCCAUGGUGAUGUGGAUGAGGAGGUUAAAGAUCUCACUAGUGCCAAUAUCCUUCUCAAGAAUCACCAGAUGACUGAGAAUCAAGUACGAGACAGGGGAUGGGAGUUGGACGAACUGCAGGAGACCAUACAGGUACAUGGAUCCCUAAAAGAAGACCGGCCUGAGCUGGAAGUCGAGCAUCAGAAACUUCAAAAGGAUUUUCAGCAGCUUCUCACACCUCUGGCCCAACGCAAAGGAAAACUGGAGGCAGCUAAAUCCAUCUAUCAGUUCUACAGAGACUUGGCAGAUGAAAUACUCUGGGUUGAGGAGAGGCUACCCAUGGCCAUGUCGCUGGAGCAUGGAAACAACCUUCAAACAGUACAGCUUCUGCUGAAGAAGAAUCAUUCUCUCCAGAAGGAGAUUGAGGGCCACCAGCCGCGUGUUGAUGAAGUUCUGGAGCGAGGCAGGCAUAUGAUGGCAGCUGCCGCGGGAAGUCCCGAGGCAGAGCACAUGUCUGAGGAAAUGAAAAAGCUGGAGGAGGUGUGGGCACGUCUGCAGGAUGAGAUGGCAAAGCGGUGGGCACGGCUGAACGGCUCCAGCGAUGCCCAGCAGUACUACAGCGAUGCAGACGAGGCUGAAGCCUGGAUCGGCGAGCAGGAGCUCUACAUGAUUGCUGACGAGAAAGCAAAGGAUGAGCAGAGUGCCAUGAUUCUGCUGAAGCGGCACUGGAUCCUGAAGCAGGCUGUAGAUAACUAUACACACACGGUCCACGAGUUGGCCCACCGUGCUCAAAGGAUGCUAGCUGAGGAACACCCAGAAGGGGAGGCUGUCAUCCGGAGGCAGGGUCAGGUGGAUAAGGUGUAUGCAGGCCUGAAGGAGCUAGCAGAGGACAGAGAGAAGACGCUAGACCACACAUACCACCACUUCCUGCUAAGUCGGGAGGUGGAGGAUCUGGAGCAGUGGAUCGCUGAGCGUGAUGUGGUGGCUUCCUCGCAGGAGAUGGGCCAGGAUCUGGACCAUGUCACGAUACUGCGGGACAAGUUCAGGGAAUUUGCAAGGGAUACAGGGACCGUGGGCCAGGAGCGAGUGGACGCGGUGAAUCGGAUCAUUGACGAGCUUAUCGAGGCCGGUCACAGUGAAGCAGCUACUAUGGCUGAGUGGAAGGAUGGGGUGAACGAAAGCUGGGCCGAUUUGCUAGAGCUCAUCGACACCCGUACCCAACUUCUUGCUGCAUCCUACGACAUUCUCAAGUACUUUUGUGAUGGGAAAGAGUUGGUGGUUCAGAUACAAGAGAAACAGAAUGAGCUUCCUGAAGAUCUUGGGGAGGAUUUCAGCAAGGCAGAGUCUUUUCAUCGCAUGCAUGCAGCCUUUGAGAGGGACAUCAGCUCUCUGGGCAAACAGGUGCACCAGUUCCAGCAGACAGCAGCACGUCUGCAUGCUCAGUACGCCGGUGCCCAGGCUGGCAACAUCAAGGAAACAGAGAAAGCAGUGGUAGACGCCUGGAAGGGCCUACUGGCCGCCUGCGAAGGCAGGCGGAAGCAGCUAGAAGAGACAGCCGGCAAGUUCCGCUUCUUCACCAUGGUUAGGGACCUAAUGGCCUGGAUGGAAAGUAUCAUCCAGCAAAUCGAGACCCAGGAGAAACCCAGAGAUGUGUCAUCAGUGGAGCUACUAAAGAAGUACCACCAAGAUAUCCAUGCGGAGAUUGAGACCCGAGUGCCAAAGCUGAAUGGUUGUGUGGAGCUAGGUCAGACCCUUGUGGCACGGAAGCACAAAGACUCGGAGGAGAUCAAAGAGAGGAUGAUGCAGCUGAUAGUAAAGAGGAAGGAAAUGAUGCUUAAGUGGAAUGACAGAUGGGACUGGCUUAGACUGUUGUUGGAGGUGUGCCAGUUCGCCCGGGACGCCUCUGUGGCAGAGGCUUGGCUGAUAGCGCAGGAGCCGUACGUGGCCGACAGGGACCUGGGAGAGACCGUGGACGAGGCAGAGAAGCUGAUCAAGAGGCACGAGGCUUUUGAGAAGUCCUCUGCCACCUGGGAGGACCGUUUCUGCGCACUGGAGCGGCUCACUACACUUGAGCUACUUGAGCUCCAAAAGAAGCAGAAGGAAAUGCAGCAGUACAGACAGGAGGAGGAAAAGGAGAGCAGGAAAGAAGACACAGGUUUUAUUGAGGAGUCCUCACAUCUAUACACAAUAGAGGAACAGUCCCUGGCUGACCUGGCAGACGUGGAGCCCAGCUCAGGCCAGGUGGAAGACACCGUGGGGGAUUCGACUGUGCUCGUGCUUUCAGACAUUCAGGAGAGUAGCUACAUGGAGCCAGCUGCCUCCUCAUCCACUUACAUCACCGAGGAGACGGAGCAGGCCACUCUCCCCACUGCGGCUCCGCAGACUCAGGCCACACUGAUGGAGGGGACCCUGGCCCGUAAACAUGAGCUGGAAGGGCCUAAUAAAAAGGCAUCCAACAGGUCCUGGAAUAACAUCUACUGCGUGUUAAAACCUGGGCAGCUCGGUGCCUACAAAGAUGGCAAGAACUUUGCCCAUGGUGUCACAUACCAUGGUGAAAACCCAUUGUCACUUAGCAAUGCUACAUGUGAGGUGCUGACCAGUUACAAAAAGAAGAAACAGGUGUUUAAACUACGGCUUGGAGAUGGCAGUGAAUACCUAUUCCAGUGUAAAGAUGAGGAGGAGCUGCAGAUCUGGACUCGAGCCAUAGAGAAGGCAGCACAGUCAGCCACAGAGGAGCCAGAUCCGGGUCCCUUGGAGGCUCAGGCUUGGAGCUUGCCACAACCUUCGUCCUCCCAUACCACCCCAGAAGUCCCUUCUGCCAAAAAGGACAAGGAGAAGAGGUUCAGUUUGUUUACCAAAAAGAAGUGAAGGGAGCCCCAGUAGUCCAGGACCUCAUAGAGAACAGGCAAAAAAGGACAAAUUGUGCAAGGGAAGAAAUUAAGAGCUUUUUAACACCAUGCUACUUUUUUUACAUUAUAUUAGUUUGUAUGAUUGAAAAUGGCAUCCCUGCCUGUAUGUAAGUCAGUGAACUGUGGCUAAGGUCCACAUUUUGCGUUAGUUUUUUUACCUUAGGUUUUCCUAAAUCCUGACAGAUUCAUAUUUUAUGCCAAUAAAAAUACAAGACCACUAUUAUUACAGUCAACCAAAGAUUGUUUGUAUCUUUUUUCAUUACUUGAUUUUCUUAAAUGCAUGCUUUCUUUAUAUUAUGUAGUUUAUUUUAUUCAUAUAAUAAGUGUUUUGUCAGUUUGCAUUACUCUUCCAAAUAAUGGUUGCAAAAUGUGAUACUGUGCUCUUUUUUUGGAACUUGUAGAAUUUGUAGAAUUAAUCAGAUAUUACAGAGUUUCUGUAAGUGCUGUUUAGCCAUAUAGAGGUUUAAUCAUGAGGUUUAGUCUAUACACUGUACACUACAGUAUGAAAUUAGCACGUGUUCCAAGCACAGUUGUCAGAGGGCUUUUUUAUUGUUCAAGUAUAGCAAUGUUUUUUGUCCCCAUAAUAAUGGAUAUGGGAUUCAAUUUUUGGAAUUGACAAAGAUGAUAGUAGGCUAGAGAAAAGAUAGACAAUGUGUAGAAAAGUGUAUGAAGUACUUUUCGGAACCCCUAAUAUGCCUCAACAUGUUUGUCUAAUGCAUGAAUGAAUGUGCUUAUUUCAUAUGGUGCUAUGUGAUUACAUAUGUGUUUUACCUUCUCAUAUCGAAUGAGCUCUAAUGGUCUCUGAUCCAUAUGGACAAAGACAGCCCCAAUUUUAGAGCAGCAAAAGCAUGCAUCAUGUGUCUUCUUUUCAUCUUCAUCAUAUUAAAGUCUCAAUAUAUAUGCAGAUAUAAUAUUUGGUCAGCACCAUUCAAAGCAAUCACAGGAGACUCCUGAAACAGUUUGCCCAAACCAAAUGUUCACUUUCACAAUGUGUAACGCAAAGAAUGUUACAAUGGCAGUAGGGUUGUAACACAAGAGGCAGUGAUAUCAAGGCAGGCGAAAAAGACAUUGUUAUGAGUAUGAUUAGAGUAUUAUAUAUAAGCACAAAAUAAGAAUUUAUGAUUUUGUUUAGGCUGCAGUUCUCAAAAAAUAUAUCAUAAAUGUACAUUACAUGUAUUUGGUGCAUAACAUUUAAGGGAAAAGUAUAUAAUGUUAUGUAAUCGUGUCAUUAAUACUUGAUCGAAUCCGAUCUUCUGGAAUGUUCCUUCUUACACCUGUGUUUCAGUCACUGCCUGUUUGUGUAUACUCGACUUCCUAGACACUCCCUCUAUACCACCUUGGCUUAAUAUACCUCAUGUUGCCCAAGUAUUCCAUUCUUUUAGGUGGUGCCACCAUGCUAGGAUAUCUAGAAUGGGUUUAUAAUGGGGGUAGCAUCUUUUUUAAAUGGUCUGUUAAAAACAGUAGCAUACCAGGACAUACGUUAUGCGAUCUGUGUGUCAUUCACUUGAGAGUCGAGUUACCUUUUUACGUUUUCUUCUCUCCUUUAAUAUUUGCAUAUUCAGAGCACAAACCAUGUACAAUAAGAUGAAGGAAAGCCAUAGGGAUGAACUUGUAAGACCAAUAAACUCUUUGUUUGCAGUUGAA